GUUCCGGCACCAAUGACUUCCGUUUCCAGCCCGCCAAUGUUCAAGCAGCCCAGGCGAGUGGAGCUGUUGCUGGGACCAAAUUCUUUGACGGCGUAAACAAGCAACUCGAGUUUUUGCACCUUUCAAGCAACUCUCAUCGGCAACGUGUAUCGCCCAGCUGCGCUGCCGCAAAUGAAUCUCCUGCUUCAGCGUGGCGGUUGAGUCGAUCAACAAACGACUCCUUGAUCUCAUCCUCGACCGCUUUCUUGCGAAAUAAGGCGGAAAACCCGGGUCCAAACCAAACAAAGAAAUCGCAAAGCGCAUCACGAACUUGCCCACCUCGUUAGGGGAAACAGAUUGCGCGCGACAGCCAUGCCUCCUCGACCGCAACGUCUCGUGAGGCGCCAGCCGCUCACUGAGAGGCUUCGUGCCAUGCUUAACCCCAUGGAUUUCUACCUCUGGUUAUCCGAGGAAAUACAAACCUUCAACUGGGAUUCCAAAACAUUCGGCACCCGAUUCGGGCUUAUGGCCAACUUCAUAUUCCUAGUCGCCAGAGCAAACGCCGGUACGGCACGCGAGGCCGUUGAUGACGUGUUUGGCGACGCGCCCGCUAAUGGCUGGUUCACUCUCGUGGCUAACUUCCUUCAAUGGACGUUGGUUUCCAUAUCCGCCCUAAAUGCCUUCUACGCGAUGACGCGAUCCCGCCACUACCGGCUUUUUGAGAAGAAUGUUGAAGGAGCAGGACCAAGCACGCCCUCGGCGCAACGCGUUCGCGUCGAUUCGUCGCCUGCCUCCUCGACCCCAUUGCGACUCCUCCAGGGGGUCUUGAGGCCCGAAACGGCCGAGCAGCGAGCACACCCGGACAAGACUCGCGAUGUAUGGGAGAUAAAGGUGUGGGAUCCGUAUCCGGCGACGCUGCGGAUGUUCUGCCUCUUCAGCCCAGGACACGUCCUCAUUCACAUGCUCUUCCUCCCGCUGCCGAUGCUCGAUCCGCGGCCUAGCGUCACGGUCUUCAAAUGCUUCCUCCUACAGGUCAUCUUCUCGGCGCAAUUGCUGCUCAUGCACUCGCGCUUCUCCCAGCAAAGCACGGACACAGCCAUCAUCCAGAAGGAGGUGAUGCACGAAUACGACGUCAAAUACGUUCACCCGCGACUCCAUCCAACCGUCCGUGAAGUUUCGACGCAGGUGUCGAUUAACGACGGGAAGAUCGACGAGGAGGAAAUCGCCGUCGGCACCCCCGCAACGAUGAUUCAGCGGUCGUUCCAGACGCACCCAAACCCAAACUACAGCAGAUAUGUCGACCCUGACGCCGGGAAGCCCUCCCAGGCGAGGACCACCAUGUCCCCACAGCUGAGGUCCACCAUGCCAGCCAACCCAUUCACCCCCUCCGCCAAACCCAGGGCCUCAGUGCCCCCGUCCUUCGCCGCUCAGGUACAGCAGCAACGACACUCGGCCGUCCGGAGGAGUCUCCCGCCCACCACCUCGACGGGCGCAGGAGGCGGCCCCCCCUCAACUCCGUCCGCGGCCUCCAAAACCACUACCACCUCAACCGGCACAACCACCGGCACAAACUACAACCUACCGCCCAACUCCGGCUACGGCGGCAGCCUCGGCGUAUACACGCACAUGAACUCGCCCCUCAAGAAGGCGACCAGCCUCAACGACGUCGGCGCCGCCUUCAACUCGCCGCGCAACAACCGCGAGAUGGCCGCGCUCGAGCAGCGCGACCUCGCCGACCGCAUGAUCCGCCAGAGCAGCCCGUUCAAGGAGCACAGGCGCCCCAUGGCCGCAGCGGGGGAGCAGGGGCAGGGGCAGUUGGAGCUGGGCCAGAGCAGCCUAGCGCAUUCGCCUGAGAAGCUGGCUAGGGCGAGGGCCGGGCGGUGGGCGCAGGAGAGGUUUCCUUCGAGGAGGCUUUGAGGGGAUUGCUGUUCGCGAGGCGACGAGAUGCCCCGUCUGUAUCAUAAUAAAUAAGAGGGAAGAGACAAGGGAGGUUGGACGGCCG